AUGAAAGGAAUUGCGAAUGAAUUGAUUCCCUGUGCUGCUAUUCAACCGUCACAGCUACACAUCACCCUCUCCAUGCCAGGACACAACAAUGUUGUGCGUGGCGACGUUGUUGAUGUUGUGGAAUCUGGAAUCUUCAGUAUGCAUGCGGCUCAAUCUGGUGUUGUGCGGACCACAGGGAUCCUGUGUAAGAUGUUUGGGCUUUGCAUGCGCGUGUGUGAAAUGAGAGGCUUUUCUGGUCGACCAUUCGGUGUAUAUGGACUGUGUGAGUGA